UCUAUAUAAAGCCGCGGAAGGUGAGAACUCGGAUACUAAUCACGGAGACAGUUCGAUUCCCGGUACCGGCAGGCUCAAUAUAUCCGACAGUUCAUUUCAGAAACACUCAAAAUCAACACAUAAUAAUCAUGACUGCAUUUUCUGGCCUUACAUUUCUGUCACAACACGGAAACUCUGCGCAGGUCGCAGAGCUGCAGAGAGCCAUCAGAAAGUACCGCCGCAGACUGGAGGAGUUCCGAGAGAGGAGACGACGGGCUGAGGAAGAGAUCACUCAAUGUGAGGCAGAAACGAGGCGGAGAGUGGAUUUCAUAAUGGGAAAAGAUGCUGUUGUUCUGUCGUUGAUGGAACUGGGUCAAGUGCUGCAAGAGGAAAGGCAACUUUCUGAACAACUGAAUGGUCAAGCCUCUGAGGACAGAAAUGAUUUGCAGGAAAGGAUGGAGGGCAUCACAAACAAGGCGAGAAGCCUCGCUGCUGAAAUUGGGAAGGUGAAAGAGCAACUGGCAGAGGGAAAAGCUCGUAAUGGGAAGGUGAAAGAGCAACUGGCAGAGGGAAAAGCUCGUAAUAUGGCUGCACACGCUUUGAUUCAAACACUGACCGGCAAAUCAAAGACAAAUCCAAGUGAAUAAAAAAUGUGAUGUUUGUUUUGUAUUUUACUGGCACGCUAUUUUAAAUUGCAUUUGAUAUUCAUAAUUAAUUGUGUAUAUCUUUUGUUUCACCUAAUAAAAUGACUGAUUUGAUCUUAUCCCAGA